GUGUAACGCCGAAUCAACCUGAUAACUGAACUCCACUUGCUGGCAUCCACGUCAAGCAGAUUCAACGUGGGUAAUUUAGUCCCUAGCCUGAUGCUCGCAUCAAACCAGGCUUUUAUACAUUUUAUCCUCAGGCCACUGGAGCGACCAUGGGUACCAGCCUGCCCAGCCUACGAUUAGAACCAUGCGAUCCAGCCAGCCUCCUCACGGGAAGCCAAACCGAAGCGGGCACCUCGGCCGCGCAACGCCGGCCCCGCUCCCCUCAGCACCGCCCCGGGCGCGCGGCCCACCCGCGAGACCCCACCGCUUCCGCCGCCCUCGCGCCACCGCCGCGAGAGAACCGCACCAAGGCGCGCAUGCGUGUGCGCCGCGCUCGCUCUGGCCCUGUCACGCGGCGGCCCUUUCUGGCCGGACCCGGCGGCCACCGCCGCUGUACGUCGUGUCGUUCCCCUAAAGACUACAGCUCCCAUCGCACCACGCGCGGCCGCGCCACACUCCCGCCGUAGGGCGCUGCGGGCGAGGCCCGCCCGGCGGGGCGCGCUGCAUGUUGGGCGUCGUUGUUCUCGGAGCCGCUUCAUCGGCGCUCCGCGGGAGGGGUUCGGAGCUCGGCCUCUGGAAGCGCCCCGUCCCCGCGUCGCUUGACGGUCGUUCCCCGUGAUAAUUCCUGUCAGCUCGCUCCCCGCUGAGCGCCUCGCGGUACUGUAUAGGCCUCCGUGUCCUUCUGCAGUUCCUGCGCUUCUCGCAACGCGUUCGGAGCUUGUUUGACCCUCGGCGCCCGCCGUAGGCUGCCGCCUGUCAGCUGCCGACGCCUUUGUGAAGCGGCGGAAGCGGAGCGGGACCUGCGGCCGGGGGUGUUUGGAGCAGGAGGAGGUCCCGCUGCAGGGUUCCAGCCAUGUCUGACAAAAGUGAACUGAAGGCGGAGUUGGAGCGUAAGAAGCAACGAUUAGCUCAAAUCAGAGAGGAGAAGAAAAGAAAGGAGGAGGAAAGAAAGAAGAAAGAAACUGAUCAGAAGAAAGAAGUUCUUCCUAUACAAGAAGAAUCUGAUCUUGAAAAGAAGAGAAGAGAAGCUGAAGCAUUACUUCAGAGCAUGGGAUUGACACCUGAGUCUCCUGUUGCUGUGCAACCUCUGCGAAUAGUAACAGCGGAUACCUGUCUGUUUCACUAUUUAGUCCCUCCUCCUACCUCUCCGUCUUCCAAAUCUGUGAGUACACCAAGUGAGGCUGGAAGCCAGGACUCUGGUGAUGGCGCUGUUGGAUCUAGGACGCUGCAUUGGGAUACUGAUCCAUCAGUUCUUCAGCUCCACUCUGAUUCCGAUCUGGGACGUGGACCUGUUAAACUUGGAAUGGCCAAAAUUACGCAAGUUGACUUUCCUCCUCGAGAAGUUGUUACAUAUACAAAGGAGACGCAAACACCUGUUAUGGCUCAGCCAAAGGAAGAUGAGGAAGAUGAAGAUGAUGUGGUUGCACCAAAACCAUUAGUUGAACCUGAGGAGGAAAAAACAUUAAAAAAAGAGGAGGAGGAGGAAGCUGCCCCUCAUGAACUGACAGAAGAGGAAAAACAACAAAUUUUGCAUUCUGAAGAAUUUUUAAGUUUCUUUGACCACUCCACAAGGAUUGUCGAAAGAGCCCUUUCUGAGCAAAUCAACAUCUUCUUUGACUACAGUGGAAGAGACUUAGAAGACAAAGAAGGAGAGAUUCAAGCUGGAGCAAAACUGUCCUUAAAUAGGCAGUUUUUUGAUGAACGUUGGUCAAAGCAUCGUGUUGUCAGUUGUUUGGACUGGUCAUCUCAGUACCCAGAAUUACUUGUAGCUUCUUACAACAACAAUGAGGAUGCACCUCAUGAGCCUGAUGGGGUGGCCCUUGUAUGGAACAUGAAGUACAAGAAAACUACCCCAGAGUAUGUCUUUCACUGCCAGUCAGCGGUGAUGUCAGCUACCUUUGCAAAAUUUCAUCCCAAUCUGGUGGUUGGUGGCACAUACUCAGGCCAAAUAGUGCUGUGGGAUAAUCGCAGCAAUAAGAGAACCCCAGUGCAGAGAACUCCACUUUCAGCUGCUGCUCACACGCACCCAGUCUACUGUGUAAAUGUUGUUGGGACACAGAAUGCUCAUAAUUUGAUUAGUAUCUCAACUGAUGGGAAAAUAUGCUCUUGGAGUCUGGACAUGCUUUCCCAACCGCAGGAUAGCAUGGAGCUGGUUCACAAACAGUCCAAGGCUGUGGCUGUUACCUGCAUGUCAUUCCCUAUUGGAGAUGUCAACAACUUUGUUGUUGGCAGUGAAGAAGGCUCAGUAUACACUGCGUGUCGUCAUGGCAGCAAAGCUGGAAUCAGUGAGAUGUUUGAAGGACACCAGGGACCAAUCACAGGUAUCAACUGCCAUGCAGCAGUUGGACCUGUAGACUUCUCACAUCUUUUUGUCACCUCUUCUUUUGACUGGACAGUAAAGCUUUGGACAACUAAGAAUAACAAACCUCUCUACUCCUUUGAAGACAACUCGGAUUACGUUUAUGAUGUGAUGUGGUCUCCAACUCACCCUGCCUUGUUUGCCUGUGUGGAUGGCAUGGGCAGGCUUGACCUGUGGAAUCUCAACAAUGAUACUGAGGUGCCAACUGCAAGCAUUACUGUGGAGGGUAACCCUGCUCUGAACCGCGUGAGAUGGACACAUUCUGGGAGAGAGAUUGCUGUUGGUGAUUCAGAGGGACAAAUAGUUAUAUAUGAUGUGGGAGAGCAAAUUGCCGUUCCUCGCAGUGAUGAGUGGACUCGGUUUGGUCGAACCCUGGCAGAAAUAAAUGCUAACAGAGCUGAUGCAGAAGAGGAAGCUGCAACCCGCAUACCAGCGUAGAUCUAUAAAAAUAGGCAGCAGUAGUAGAAUGGUGAAUGAUUUGAUGCAAAAUGCACGUGUCAGUUCAAGUAAUAGCUUAUGGGAGGAAUAUAUGGAUUCAACUAUGGACUCUGAAAAUGUAUUAAGAUUACUGAAAACCAGAUUGUCACUUUUUAUAUAUAAAUUACAAGCACAUACUUGGAUUUGUGUAACUUUUAAUACAGUUAACUUUGACUUUGCAAGGACCUUCUUUUGCUGAAACACUAACCUGGUGUAAAUUUGCUAUUGGGCUUCUGAAAUUUCCACUUUGUAACAGUACAUCUGAAAAGUGAAAGUUCUGUUUCUACACUAAACUUUCUAUAUUACAAAGACUAACCUUCAUUAGGUAGUAAAUCUCUGAAGCAUUCUUUAAUUUGAACUACCCAUGAUAAUAAGCAUGCAUAUGUUCCAAGUAAGUUUCAUUGUUUAUAUAUGGAUAAGGUAGUGGGUAAUAUAUGUUAAUAAAAAAUUGUCUGUAGUUCCAAACUUGAUAAUUGGACCUGAAUUAAUGAAAUACAUAUUUAAUACCCAGUUCUUUUGUUUGAAUUGGUGCAUUAAAAGGUGAGACUGAUUCAUGAAUAAAUAUUGUAUGAGCACUU